AGCCGGCCCUCCCCGCGGGGGGUGGGCGUAGCUGGCCCCGCUCGACUCAAAGUUUGUUUUCUGCCUCCAGGCGGUGGGGGAGGGCGAGGCGCGCGCUGAGGGGAGGAGAGGGGAUCUGACGUCAGGCCGCGAGGUGCUUUCCAGCCGCGAGCUGUCAGGCGGGUGUCAGGCCCGGCAGGGUUGCUCAGCAAAUAUUACAGGGGUUGCUGAAGGCUGUGGUGAUUAGAGUCUCCAGACUCCUCUUGGGCCUCAGAUGUCUGGAAGGCAGGGUAAUGUAGAGCCCACAGGCUCCCUGGAGGUCCAGCCUCACCCCUAGGCACCAUGUCUGACAGCGACCUAGGUGAGGAUGAAGGUCUCCUGUCCCUGGCAGGCAAGAGGAAGCGCAGAGGAAACCUGCCCAAGGAGUCGGUGAAGAUCCUCCGGGACUGGCUAUACCUGCACCGCUAUAACGCCUACCCCUCUGAGCAGGAGAAACUGAGCCUUUCUGGACAGACCAACCUCUCAGUGCUGCAGAUAUGUAACUGGUUCAUCAACGCCCGGCGGCGGCUCCUCCCGGACAUGCUGCGGAAGGAUGGCAAAGACCCUAAUCAGUUCACCAUUUCCCGCCGUGGGGGGAAAGCCUCAGAUGUAGCCCUUCCCCGUGGUAACAGCCCUUCAGUGCUGGCCGUUUCUGUACCAACUCCCCCCAGUGUUCUCUCCCUGUCCGUUUGCUCUGUGCCACUUCACUCAGGCCAGGGGGAAAAACCAGCAGCUCCCUUCCCACAAGGGGAGCUAGAGCCCCCUAAGCCGCUGGUCAGCCCCGGUGGUACACUGACCCUACUGACCAGGGCUGAGGCUGGGAGCCCCACAGGUGGACUUUUCAACACACCGCCACCCACACCCCCCGAGCAGGACAAGGAGGACUUCAGCAGCUUCCAGCUGCUGGUGGAGGUGGCACUGCAGAGAGCUGCUGAGAUGGAGCUUCAGAAGCAGCAGGACCCGGCACCCCCAUUGCUGCACACUCCCAUCCCUUUAGUCUCUGAGAACCCCAAGUAGGCAUCUGCCAACAGGGGUGCUCAAGGCUGGAGCCAGCUGUCCUGGGUUCCAAGUUCGCUUCCUUCCUACAGAGGUUUUCUGUGGAUCACUGCCAAGCAUCAGGAUCAUCUCCUCUGUCCAGAGGUCUUAGCAGGAAGAUGCCACCUGGCGUCACUGCACUGUGAUGGGGACCUCUCCUAUGCUGACUCUGCCAUUUCUCCAGACCUCCUCUCAGUGAGACCAGGGGGUUGGAGACAGGCAUGGUGCUGCUGCUGCUUCUCCAGAGAACCCCAGGACACUUGUUCUAGCCUUCUUUCCUGGGCUGGGCUCAGGAAACCUGCCAAGUUCAGACCUCUGUGGGUCCAAGCUGCCGCUGAGCUAUGCCUCUUUCUGUCAAGCCAGGUAUGGACAUUCCAAGUUCAUAAGUGUAGACAAAAGAGGAACCCAGCACAUGUAACAGGACCGACUCCAGUUGAAUGUUUAGGUGUUUGCUAAACUGUUAAUUUUUCCCUUUUUGCUGUGGUUUGCAUUAAUAGCAGUAGUUAUCCCAGGUGUGGGGAAUGAGAGCAUUGCAUGAGUGUCUGAUGAACAGAUUUAUCUACUACUGCAACUGAGGAUUGUUGUGUAAGGAAGGAGGAUGUUAUUUUGGGGGACCAGCUGAAUUUCUGCAGUAGCACAAAAUUUCAAAUGGUUUUGGUGUUGGUUUACCACCCGCAACACAAUCCCCACCACAUCUGGGGAACAAAAAAGCAGGGGAAACACGUGGGCACUGGCUUUUUUUCAUUAGGCACAGAAGGGGAUAAGGCCAAAGCCAAGGGGGAGGCCAAUAGAAUCUGACAAAACCUAGGCUUAGAGCAGAGAAGAACGGUAAAAUCCAGAGAAGUGUUUGUUUUUAUUUUUAUUUUUACUGUCUUUUUUGGGGGGAUGAAUAAACUAGACUAAGACUGAUUUUUUUUUUCUUUCAUUUUAAUGUUGACCCCUUCUUUGUUGAAGGCUUUAUCGUACAGUCUUGAAUCCUUCCUGAAUCCUUUAAGAACUUGGCCAGAACAUCAGAGGCUCUAGCAUCCCCUUCUUGGAGAGAAGUGAGCCAUCUGCUGGUCGGGAAUUCCUUCUAGCUACUCCAACAGGCAGCUUUUCCCACAACCAAGGCAGGACCAUAUUCCCAGGAGAAGCUUGUAUGUCCUUGUUUUGCCUUUCUAUAAGUUGGAGUUGCAGGGGCCUGCCUGAAUUUCCCAGUGAAACAGAUCAUAGUUGGUCUUCAUCUCCAUCUGUUUUGCUGUUUCAUUGCUGAUAGUGUUCAACAGCAGUAUACCCCAUCUUUAUAUAUUCUAAGAAACACUAAUCUUAGAUUUUUAUUAGUCAGCGUAUUUUUGUUCUUAAUAACAUUGUUACUGGGCCAAAAAAUAGGCCAGGAGCCCCAGUCUGUAGUUUCCUAAAAUUGUCAGGCUGGGCAUAAAGGGAAGAGGCUCCUGGGUGUUGACUGACGUGGGUGGACCUGGCCAUAAAAAAGACAGAACGCAUCGUGUGUCCUUUUAGGAAGACCUUGACACCCUCAAGAAGGUACACACACUCUCUUGAGUGGUUUGCCCUGUCCCUUGAUUUUGGGAGUGGGGACUUUUUUUUUUUUUUUUUUUAAUAACUCAGAGAGUUGUCUCGGGUUAGCAAUACUCCUAGGCUCUGUUUUGCCUCCUUGCAGCCCCUUCCUCCUGUGCCCCAGGGGGUCCAGGGUCCUCAUAUCCUGAGGCUUAGCUGGUAAAGAAUGAACAUGGCAACUUCAGAGCUGUCUGACCAUCUCAUCCAACCCAGCCAUGACUGUGAGUGAACCCAGGACCAGUGUGACUGUGGCAGGGUGCUUCCUAGCAGGGGACUGGCUGAAUGGGAUUUUCCUUUCCCACAGAGCACUGAGGAGGGGAGGUGAUGAGGGGUGAGGGAGCCAUGCUGCUGAAUUGUUUGGCAUUCUCCCCUUAAGUAAAAUGGGGUGUCUGGGGAGUGGGGCAGCCUCUAUUUGGAGUUUGUUAUAAGAUACAGCUGGAGGAGAAGCAGUUGUCCUAUUCAAUUAUUUGAGCAAACAACUACUGUAAAUAACUUGUUUUUGUCUUGUCAAAUAAAGUUGUUUUGUUUUUA